AGAGAGAGAGAGAGAGAGAGAGAGAGAGAGAGAGAGAGAGAGAUGUGCUGAAGACUUCCCUCCACUUCGCAGCGGCCGCAGGGAAGAUAAGGCGCGCGGUAGCUCCCGGGAGAGCGCGAGAUCAUCCCGUUUUCCGGUCGUAUUGUGACUCCUACAGUUGGCACGCCCCUCACAGCCACUUCUUAACACAAAGUGAAUGCGCGUACUCGUUGGUGGACAGUUUCUUUCAUGCGAUAGAUGAGUUAAAAACAUCACGCGCUCUCACACGCUGUUAUCGGGGGACUUUCUACUCGUGUUCGUAUUUUUCGUGUGCUGUCAUCCUGAAUCUACGCGCGCAUUUCGGAAGGGGGAUAUCCGUUCAUUGGAUCAACACCACGCUGGACCGGGCCGGUAGAAUGUAUAGUCACUACUUUAAGUUGCAAGUCGGAAGGUUAACCAUGUUAGGGGCUGCUCGUUUGGUCGUCGACUUUGGGAAAUGAUCGCUAGCAUCAUCGACGGCAAAAUAAUGGUCAGAAGAUGUCUCGUGACGUUCAAGCCGUUCAGGAUAUUUGUGGUAGGCAUAGGCUUCUUCAGCUUGUGUUUCCUAAUGACCUCUCUUGGGGGACAGUUCUCCGCCAAGAGACUAGGAGAUGCUCCCUUCACCAUCCGCACAGAAGUGCUGGGAGGUGUGGAGUCCCGGGGCGUGCUGAGGAAGAUCACAGACAUGCUGGAGGUCAUCUUGAAGAGGAUGGACAGCCUGUCCAAGCUGGACAACACGUCUGCCGCCAGCACACGGCGCCUAGAUGAGCUCAGUUCGGCCAUCAACAGGUUCCAGCCUGUAGGCCUGGUGGAGAGGAUCCAGGCUAUAGCCCAGAACGUGUCCAACAUGGCCAACAGAGUGGAACAGAUACUGCAGAGCAGCAUGGCCCAAGGACGAGCGAUGAGAGACGGGACAUCCGGCCAGUGUGAGGUUCCCAGGGACCCUCGCUACCCAGACUGCCCUGGCAAGGUGGAUUGGAUGCGGGCCCGCUGGACCUCAGACCCGUGCUAUGCCUUCUACGGCGUGGACGGCUCCGACUGCUCCUUCCUGAUCUACCUGAGUGAGGUGGAGUGGUUCUGCCCCCCACUGGCCUGGAGGAACCAGAGCAACAUCCCCCCCACCCAGCACACAUCGCCAGCCAGGACAGCCCCAAGACAGGCUGCGUUCCGCACGGACCUGUCGGUGCUGCUGGAGCAGGUGGGGGGGGGGAAGGAGUCGCUGAGCUUCAUGAAGCAGCGGAUGCGCCGGCUGGCCCAGCAGUGGGGCAGCGCGGCCCUGCGGCUGGACAGCACCCUGCAGCACCGCUGGAGGGACCAGAGGAAGAUCCUGGUCCACGUGGGCUUCCUGACGGAGGAGUCCGGAGACGUGUUCAGCCCUAAGGUCCUGAAGGGCGGGCCCCUGGGGGAGAUGGUCCAGUGGGCGGACAUCUUGACUGCCCUCCACGUGCUGGGCCACAACCUGAAGAUCUCCAUGUCCGUCAAAGAGCUGCACGGGUUCCUAGGCGUUCCCCCAGGAAGAGGAAGUUGCCCGCUCACUGGCCCCUUGCCCUUUGACCUCAUCUACACAGACUACCAUGGCCUCCAGCAGAUGAAGCAGCACAUGGGGCUGUCGCUGAAGAAACACAAGUGCCAUAUCCGGGUGAUCGACACCUUCGGGACGGAGCCGGCCUACAACCACGAGGAGUACGCCACACUGCACGGCUAUCGGACCAACUGGGGCUACUGGAACCUCAACGCACGCCAGUACAUGACCAUGUUCCCUCACACGCCAGACAACUCCUUCAUGGGGUUUGUGUCAGAGGAGCUGAACGAGACGGAAAAGAGGAACAUCCAGCAGAACAAGGUCAACAACAUGGCCGUGGUCUACGGGAAGGAGGCCAGCAUGUGGAAGCUUCAGGGUAAAGAGGGCUUCCUGCAGAUCCUCCACAGGUACAUGGAGGUGCACGGCACCGUGUACUACGAGACCCAGAGGCCCCCGGAGGUCCCUGCCUUCGUCAAGAACCACGGCCUGCUGCCCCAGCACGAGCUCCAGCAGCUGCUGCGCAAGGCCAAGCUUUUCAUUGGCUUUGGCUUCCCAUACGAAGGACCCGCCCCUUUGGAGGCCAUAGCCAAUGGCUGCAUAUUCCUACAGCCCAAGUUCCAACCUCCACACAGCUCACUCAAUCACGAGUUCUUUAGAGGCAAGCCCACUUCCCGAGGGGUGUCCUCCCAGCACCCAUACGCAGAGCAGUACAUCGGCAGGCCUCACGUCAUGACGGUGGACUACAACAACUCCCAGGAGUUUGACACGGCCAUUAGGGAGAUCAUGAGGACCAAGGUGGAGCCGUACCUUCCGUACGAGUACACGUGCGAGGGAAUGCUGGAGAGGGUGCACGCCUACAUACAGAACCAGGACUUCUGUGUUCCAGAGCCUCCAUUCCCGCUGGGCAACCUCUCCAAACCGCUGGCGAGCAGCAUGAGUACGGGGCCUCUGUUUGUCCCCCUCCCCAACACCACAGCCCUUGGCUGGGCCGCCAACGUCACCCCCCCCCCUGUUUGGCCUCCCGUCAGCUCCCUGCGGCUUCUGGCGUCCCAGGAGGGCCAGUCCUGCAUCGAGACCUGUCAGUCUGCCCGUCUGGUCUGUGAGCCCGCCCACUUCCGCUUCAUCAACAACAAGGAGGCUCUGAGAGGGCUGGACGUUCAGUGCGAGGCGCUGGAUUCCGAGUCCAACCACGUCCUGCCCGCCUUCUCGGUGGCGCGGCGAGAGUGCAGCCUGCAGCAGGACCCCCUGCUGUUCAGCUGCGCCGGCCACUCCCCCAGGUACAGGCGGCUCUGCCCCUGCAGGGACUUCCGCCGCGGCCAGGUGGCGCUGUGCAGGGAGUGUCUAUGAUGAGCGCGUCACAGAGGCCAAUGGGCAGGAGAAGAAGAAGAAGUAGAAGAAAGAAGAAGCAGAAGAAGGAAGCACAUAUGGAUUAGGGGGGAUUAAGGUGGAUAGGUAAGCAGUUGCAGGCGUUGGAGGAGAGAAUUGCUGCAGAGCGGGUGUUGAGAUGAAUCGGAGGAAUCGGUUAGGAGAAAAUCAACAUAGGAUUGAUUGGAGAGGCUCCCCUUAUCCCCCAGGCGGGCGAGUGAAGCUGUGAAGCACUAUUUGUCUUUUUCAAACAGCCACAAAGGUAUGCAGAACAUGGUAAAAUAUGCAGUAUACGCGCGGUUCGAUGCAAGAAGCCAAAGGUGCCAAAAAGAGAACAGAGUAAUGGCUUUGUGUUGUGUUGGGGUUGUUGUGACAGCUCCUAUAGCCGUGCGGUUCGAGGGCUGCGCUACGGAUCGGUGGGCUCUUUGGGGUCUAGAACGCAAGUCAUGAUGAUCAAUGAUGAUCAUGAUGAUCAAUGGCUGCUAGUUUACCCAGGAAGUGUGUUUUCCCUAAAGGUUUGAUGUCAGUAUUACCCCGCAUUGAUCAGCGUCAUGUGGCCACCACAUGUGGCACCUGUCUUUCACCCUUUUCUUAAGAGAGAGGGGUUUUGACGUCAAUUAUAAGAGGGAAUUGUGUCGCGUAGCUGGAAACGGGCAACGAGGACCCACCAAAUGGAGAUCAAUGAAAAGUGUUGAAACAUCUCGAUUUGCAGAGGCCAAGACCAGGUCAAUAUCUAAUCUCCACUCUUCUCCUCGGCGUGUUGUGAUUGGACAAGGGAUGAUGGACAACCGGCUUAUCAUCCUGGCCCUUUUUUUUUUUUUUCUGUCUCACUGGUUCCCUCCCUCCUGCUAUGAUGGACGGAGUCAUUUGUCUGACUUCCCAGAGUGCAGGGCAACAGCGGUCAAUGCAAUCAACUCGGCUCACACAAGGAAACACACACACACACACACACACACACACACAUACACACACACACACAAACAUACACACACACAUACACACAGGGGGAUGGAGAGGAGACGAAGAACAAACAUAAAGGUAUACGAUUAUUUUUCAAUUCGGGGUUCAGCCCCCUGCCAGCUAAGUGGAUUUUAAGAAUCCUGUGAACUUUGUGACCAAAACUGACAAAAGAUUGAAUAAACAAAUGAGAAAAGUCGUAAAGAAGCAA